ACAAGGCAGCAUUUUUAUGUUAAUAAAUAAUCUUCGUAAGUUGGUAUAUGGUUAAAUGACGAAUGAAGACUCUCUCGCCCGCCCCUACCGUCUGUAGGAAGAAUACCCCACUUGCAAGUUCGCUGUAUCCGACCCGGUGUCCUUCAGUCUCGUAAAGUCUCAGAUAUAGAAAGCAUUUACUCCCAGACACUAGGGGGAGCUAGUAGAGAAAUAAUACUCAGACUUGCCUUGUGUCCCUUUAACAUUGAAAUCACUUGCACUUCACGCCUCUACCGCGGUUGUGUCCUUUAUACUCUGUAAAUAAAUCUCAUGCUGAAUGUGUGAUGAUUAACAGCCCUGAUUACAUUUAUGAGACAUUGUUUAUUCAAAUAAGAUCAAAUAUUCUUCAGUGUUUUAUAGCUGAAGUCCAUACACAUCAUGUUUUGUUCAACUAACAGUUUGUGUUUUGCAGGGAGAAGAAGGAGUAUGGAUCUACCUCUCAAUUAUAGGAUUAUUCUGCUGGGUAAAGAUGUGUCAACAAACAGUCGAGUGGUAAACUUCAUAUUAGAGAGAUCAGCGAUAGAUAGUGAAGCUCCUCCAGAUGAUCAUCAGAUUGAGAGAAUCAGAGGAAAAGACAUGAUGAUCAUCAACUGUCCUCAUCUGCUCCAGCUGAACCUCUCAUAUCAUCAGAUCAUACAGACAGUGAGAGAGUGUGUAGAUCUGUCUCAUCCAGGACCUCAUCUCAUCCUUAUGAUCUUUAAACAUGAUGAGUGUUCAAGAGAAGAUCAAGAGCAUCUGGAGAUAAUCCUUGACUAUUUCUCUGUUAGUGUUUAUGAACACACACUGGUGCUCACAACACACGACUCACACAGUGAGGAACAAACUGAAGUCAAUGACAACAUACAGAAAAUCAUUAAACAAUCCUUCAACAGACACUACAGACUGAAGAGAAACUCCACUGCUGCUCAUCUCAUAGAGACAUUUAGAGAUAUUAUCAAAGCAAAUGAUGACCAUUAUCUGAUCUGUGAUGUUUCUGAAGAUGCACAGAGUUUAACAGUGAAGCAACGGAAAGAAAAAAGUGUUUCAAAGAAAGUGAAGCUGAAUGUGAUUCUGUGUGGAAGUGACAAAGAAUUAAAAUGCUCCAUAUCAAAUCUGCUUAUGAAGGAGAACAGCAGAAGACCGGAGAUGAGAUCAGACUUUAUGAGGAGAGAGAUGGAGGAGUGUGGACCUUUGAUUAAUCUGAUGAUGCUUCCAGCUCUGAGUGAACUCUCAGAAGAUGAAGCGAGUCCACAAUCUCUCAGCUGUUUGUCUCUCUGUGAUCCUGGAGUUCAUGUGUUUCUCCUCAUUAUUCCGGUUGGUCCACUCACUGAUAAAGAUAAAGCAGAAGUAGAGAAGAUCCAGAAGAUGUUUUACUCCAGUGAGAACUUUAUGGUGAUCUUCACAACUGAUUUUACUGUUGACAGACGUGUGACAGAUUUUGUAGAAUCAUAUUCUGAAUGUAAGAGUCUGAUCAGUCUCUGUGGAGGACGAUACAGAGUGAUUGGGUUAACAGAACAUGAACAAUCAAAACAAAUAGCAGAACUGCUGGAUUAUAUAAAAGACAUGAAGACUGAACCAUAUACACUUCAGAUGUAUGUCAGAACUCAAGAGAUGAGAGUGAGAGAUGAAACUGAAGAGAAAUAUAAAGAAAAACUGAGUGAAAUGAAGAGUAAAAUCAAAGAGUUACAGCUAAAGAUCAACUCAUGUGGUAUUGAAGAUGAACAGGAAGAUCUGAAGCAUUUAAGAAUUGUGUUGAUCGGGAAGACCGGAAAUGGAAAGAGCGCAACAGGAAACACAAUACUGGGAAAAGCUAAGUUUGAAAGCCUUACAAGUGUAAAUUCAGUGACGACUGUUUGUGAGAAGAGAGUUUGUGAGGUUGAUGGUCGAUCAGUAGCUGUUGUUGAUACUCCAGGUCUGUUUGACACAACAAUGUCAAAUGAAAAAAUACAAGAAGAAAUCGUAAAAUGUGUUUCACUGUCAUCACCUGGACCUCACGCCUUCAUCGUUGUGUUAAGUGUGGGUAGAUUCACUCAGGAAGAGUCAGAGACUAUAGAUCUGAUAAGGAUGUUCUUUGGUCCUAAAGUUGCACAGUUCAGCAUCGUUCUGUUCACAAGAGGAGAUGAUCUUGAUGAUCAAUCUAUAGAGGAUUAUGUGAAGAGAAGCAACUCUGCAGAUCUGAAUAAACUGAUCAGAGACUGUGGAGAUAGAUAUCUGGCCUUUAAUAACAGAAACAAACAAGACAGGACUCAAGUGAUGAAACUGAUAAAGAUGAUAGAAGAGAUAAAAACAACAAAUCAGGGUCGAUAUUUCACUAACAGCAUGUUUGAAGAGGCAGAGAUGAGCAUUAAAAAGAGAAUGGAGGAAAUACUGAUAGAGAAAGAGAGAGAAAUUCAAGCACAAAAAGAGGAAUUAAAAGGCAAACAUGAGAUUGAAAUGGAAAACAUAAAGAAGAGAUUAGAAGAAGAGAAAAGAAAAGCAGAUGAGGAAAGAAUGAAAAUUGAAAAUAAAUUCAAGGAAAAAGAAGAAACUCUGAGAAAAGAAUUUGAGGAGAAAGAGAAAACAGAACAACAGAAACGAGAUGAGGAGAAACAGAAACGAUUAGAGGAGGAAAAACAACAAAGAGCUGAAUAUCAUCAGAAGAUAGAAGAGAUGAAGAAAGAGAUUGAACAACAGGUAUCACAGUAUGAAAAGAGAGAGAAAGAGAGAGAAGAGGAGGAUAGAAAGAGAGAAGAGAAAUACAGACAAGAUCAAGAAAAGAUGAAAGCUAAAGAAGAUCUCCUCAUACAGUUACAGAAGAAACAAGAUGAAGAGAUUAAAAAGAGAGAUUUAGAUGAACAGAAGAGAAGAGAACAAGAAGAGAGAGAAAGAAAAGAAUGGGUGAGAAAAAUAAGAGAAGCUGAAAAUGACAGAAGAGAGAUUCAAGAGGAAAUUAAACGACAACAGAGAGAAUGGGAGAAGGACAAGAAACGACAGAUGAGAGAGAGAGAGGAAGAUGAGAGAAAGAGAAGAGAGAGACAUGAGAAGCAACUGAAAGAAAAACAAGAAGAACUGGAGAAAACCAGAAAGAAAUUUGAAAAAGAGAGAGAUGAAGAGAGACGACAGAGAGAAGAAGAGACACAGAAACAGAGACAAGAGAGAGAAGAGAAAGAAAGAGAAUAUGAAGAGAAGAAAAAUGAAAUGAUGAAACAUUAUGAGAAACUAGAACGAGAGAGAAAAGAGGAGUGGGAAAGAAAAAAACAAGAGGAUGAUGAGAGAAGAGAAGAAGAGAGAAAGAGAUGGGAGAAAACAAUUGAAGAUAUAAAAAGAGAAAAAGAAGAAGAGAUCAGACGAAGAAAAUCAGAAGAGAAAGAGAGAAAAGAAAAAGAAGAGAAAGAACGUGAAGAAAUCAAAAGAAAACAUGAAGUGGAAAUGGAAUGGAUGAAGAAGAAUCAUGUGGAUGAAGCCAGAAAACAAGCAGAAGAAUUUAAUGAAUUCAGAGAGAAAAAAGAGCAACAUGUUCAAGAGCUUAAACAAGUGCUGGAAGAACAACAGAGACAACAAGAAAUACUGCAGAAAGUCUAUCAACACGUACGACAUCAGAAAGGUGAAGAAGAGCUAGAGAAAGAAGUUGCAAAACUGAGACGCAGAAGUAAAUCAUGUUGUGUCAUUAUGUGAUUCUGUGAAAGCUUAAAGCUUUCAUUUUUAAAGUAAUAACACUUAAAGCUUUUAUUGCUAUCAUUUCAGUUUACUAGGGGCUUUUUUCUCAAUUUACAUUCAUUAAGUUAUUUAAAAAGAGAGACAGCAUUUAACAUUUUGCGUAAGGGAGCAACAAUAAAUCCAGUAGACAAAGCUGGCCAUAAGUAAAGAUAACACAAGUAAACAAAACAUGCAGUUUUUAAAUGAAAGUUUUUAAUAUAAAGGGAAAACAAAAUCCAAACUCACGUGGCCCUGUGUGAAAAGUGUUUGCCCCCGAAACCUAAUAACUGGUUGGGCCUCCCUUAGUCUCAGCCUCAGACGUCACGCCCACAGACUGUUGGCUAAACGUCUGAUGUUUUUCUUACAUUUUUCUGGAAACCCUGUGAAAAUUUCAAAGUCGUCUUUGAUUG